AGAAAGACAAUUUUUUUAAUUACAUUAUUUUUUAUCAUUAAAAUUUUGUGCAAACCACCCUUACAGCAAGCGCAGAGACCGAAUUAAAAGUUUUAUGGAAUAUGUGCAAAUUUGAUAUAAAAAUAUUACAACAUUAGUAUCUACAAAAUUACUACGCCGACAUACUAAAUGUGGUACACCAAACUACCAGAUGUGUUCGAUGAAGGAUUUAUCGAACGGAAGUUAGUGUGCGUGAGGGUUAAUUCCUUUAACUACAACGACGAGAAAUAUACACGAAAUUGGUCAAGCAUGAACAAGGGGAGAUCCGAUGUAACAACUACCCGGAAAAUUUUCGUAGCUCACAUCACGAGGAUUUCACGUCCUAUAAAUUAAUUUCCAGUUGCAGAACGAAGAAAAAUGUCGGCCGAAAUGAGAGCUGGUCGACCCACCAUGCCGACAAUUCCGCACUCUAAAAGACCAACAAUCUUGAUAUAUCCAACAGUGACGCCGGAAAGCAUAAUCAUACCCAUCGUGUCCUGCAUUCUGGGGUUUCCAUUGCUAGCGUUAAUGGUAAUUUGCUGCCUACGAAGAAGAGCGAAACUUGCCAGGGAGCGAGCCCGGCGAAGAAAUUGCGAUUUGGAUCAUGGCGCAUUGAGCCUCGUCCGUUUCAGCCCAGUUCAUCGUCUGGCAUCGAGAGAGGAUUUAGCUGGCAUAGAUCGUCCGGCACGUACUGUAUCCUUGAGAAGCGAUCGAGGGUCUCGAGCUUUCCCAUCUUUGGAGCUGGACACCGUCGUCGAGGAACGGUCGGAUCCCGAACAGAGUACCGCCCUGGAAUUGAGUAGUCCAGAUUAGCAUCCAGUUUUAGCACCGUCGAGGUCCCCGCGACCAUCAAAAUCUUUGGCGGUGCCGUUGCCUGUAGAUCACAGUCCAUUAUGGACUGCUUUGACGCACGCUAAUGCAGUCUCCGCAGCAUUGGGAGAUACCUAGCAGGAGGUGGAAGACGGCGGCUAUAUCGAAGCUCUCGUCCUAGAUCUGCCAAUCAUUUACUGACCGAUCGGUCUUUCUGAAAAUGAAUGCUUUCGUAAAGCUUAUUGGAGAAAAAAACUGAACAAUUUACUUAAAUAUUACCAUAUCGCGUGAAAU